GACAUGUCAAUCAAGUGAUAAGCACAGUCGCGAGUGCGAGGGAGAGAAAGAAGUCGGGACGAGCGUGAGAAAGAUUAAGCAACAGGCAAUUAACAAUUAAAUUUUAGCGAGUAAUCCUGGUUCCUCGAGGUUGCGGCCGUUUCAGCACUGUAGAGUCGAUACCUACGUACGUGGGCAUCAGGAUUAUUCCGGGCGGCAGAAAGGUGCGGGUGGCGAUAGGGAAGGAGCGGCGGCAACAGUAGCAGUAUGGCCUUGUUCAAUCAAAGCCGCACAUUCGUUCAGCGCAUGCAGGCGCUUCAAUGUUGCAGGUGGGACGAUCUAUUACAAGGACACUAACGACCGCCAGGACUUGGCUCGGACAGUGGCAGGAGAAGCAUGUGAACACACAACAGACGAAUGGGGUGCGAAGAAUCCGACUAAAUCAUGUCAAGACGAGAAACUCGCUCUCAUUGGAAAUGAUGCACGCGAUCCUUCAAUGUCUCACCACGGAUUCGGAGGAUUUAAGCCUCCGUUCGAUCGUCAUAACAGCCGAGUCUGGCACUAUAUUUUCGGCUGGUCACAAUUUGAAGGAACUGAUAUCGAGCUACGGGGAAGAGCAUCAUCGCGCGAUCUUUGACACCUGCGGCCAGCUGAUGAAGGCGAUAUCGGAGUGUCCGGUACCCGUGAUCGCGGCGGUCGACGGUUUGGCUACAGCCGCCGGUUGCCAGCUCGUAGCGGCUUGCGACAUCGUCGUCGGUACCGAGAGGAGCAGCUUCUCCACUCCUGGGGUCAAUUUCGGUAUAUUCUGUUCGACACCAGGAAUUCCACUAAUACGCAAUGUACCUAAAAAAGUGGCAGCUCAUAUGCUCUUUACUGGACUUCCGAUCUCCGCCGUCGAAGCAUAUCAAGCUGGUCUGGUUAGCAAGAUAGUGCCAAUUGAUAUGCUCGAACAAGAAAUUAAUAAAAUUACGGAUGCUAUUAAUCAAAAGAGCCGAUCAGUUAUUCAACUUGGAAAACAAUUUAUCAAAAAACAAUUGGAAAUGGAUAUUGAUAAGGCUUAUUCGCUCGGAACUGAAAUUAUGGUGAAAAAUCUAAAGUUAAAGGAUGCCCAAGAGGGAAUAAAGAGUUUUACGGAAAAACGAAAACCAUCGUGGAAUCAUAAUUAUGACGAAGUUUUUUAAAUUUGUUUCUUUUUUUGUUAUACGGAAUAUGAAUUUCACGUUAAUGUGCAAGUUCAAUCAUCUAUUUAAAACGUAGAAAAAAGGCAAGUACAAUUAUUAAAUAUAUG